CAACAACCGUCAGCGCUGCAUCCAAGAAGAUCCCAAUUUCCAUGCCUCGGACACCCUUCCUACACAUUCAUUCACAUUCUUUCUUAUAUAUUAGAAAACGGAACCCUAGAAGCUCAUUUUUGGAUCUCGCGGAGCGGAAGAAAUCGUCGCCAAUAAAUACCCCAAGCAUCGCGAAGCGGAAGAAAUUUAGCAACCCAACCCUAAUUCGUAGUCCCAACCAGUCCAAUUCAUCAGUUUAAUUCUUGCCCAGAACCCCUGCAAAUUGUUGAUCGGAACCACCCUCCAAUUUGAAAUCCUGCGGGGACAAGGAAAACCCUAAGAACCUAAUUCAUUUAUAAGAAUUCCAAUUCUGUCUUGAUUCUGAGGGAUUUCAUCUCCCUUGUUGGAUGAGCAUGGGUAGGAUCUGCAGAGGAACCUCCAGAGACUCUUCUUCCUCUUCUCCUUCCCUCACCACAUCCACCUCUACCACAGAGACAAUUAACGGUUCUCACCAAUUCAAGAUCACCGGUUACUCUCUUUCGAAAGGUCUAGGGAUUGGCAAGUAUAUCGCGUCCGACAUCUUCUGGGUUGGUGGGUAUGCAUGGGCGAUCUAUUUCUAUCCAGACGGCAAGAGCAUCGAGGACAACGCUGCGUAUGUGUCUCUGUUCAUCGCGCUUGCAAGCGAGGGAACGGAUGUCAGAGCCCUUUUCGAAAUGACGCUUUUGGACCAGAGUGGCAAGGAAAGGCAUAAGGUGCACAGCCAUUUUGGGAGGACAUUGGAGAGCGGACCGUACACUCUGAAAUACCGAGGAAGCAUGUGGGGCUAUAAACGGUUCUUCAAAAGAACAGCUCUAGAGACAUCCGACUACCUUAAAGAUGAUUGUCUCUCUGUUCAUUGUAGCGUUGGUGUUGUUGGGUCACACACAGAGGGACCAAAAUUUUACUUGAUUACAGUGCCAACCUCCAAUAUAGGGCAGCACUUUGGGCAACUCUUGGAAAGUGGAAAGGGAACUGAUGUGAACUUUGAAGUUGAUGGGGAGAUUUUUGCUGCUCACAAAUUGGUGCUUGCAGCCCGCUCACCUGUCUUUAGGGCUCAACUUUUUGGCCCAAUGAAGGAUCGAAAUACUGAAUGUAUAAAGGUUCAAGACAUGGAGGCACCAGUUUUUAAGGCCUUACUCCAUUUCAUAUAUUGGGAUGACCUACCAGACAUGCAAGAACUCACUGGUUUGAACUCGAAAGGGGCUUCCACACUGAUGGGGCAGCAUAUGCUUGCAGCAGCAGACCGAUAUGGACUUGAGAGGCUCAGAUUGCUCUGUGAGGCUAAGCUUUGUGAGGAUGUUGCCAUCAAUACUGUGGCAACUACAUUAGCCUUGGCAGAGCAGCACCACUGCUUCCAACUUAAAGCUGUGUGUCUCAAAUUUGUUGCUCUGCCUGAAAACCUAAAAGCUGUGAUGCAAACAGAUGGGUUUGAAUAUUUGAAGGAAAGCUGUCCCUCUGUCCUGACUGAGCUCCUAGAGUAUGUAGCUAGAGUUGGUGAGCACUCUGUUAUUGUCUGCAGGCACGGGAAUGAAGCCGUUCUUGAUGGCAGUGAUGUCAACGGGAGGCGGGUGAAACAGAGAAUAUAGAAGUAUCGGCUUAAGCAGCAGGGAAGAGAUCGAAAUGAACUAGAAGAGCUUUCGAGAAGGAUUACAAAAGGCAAUUUUCAAUUCUUCUCACCUUUUCCAUUUUGUAAGAAAAUGUAAAAUUAAUGUAUGUCUUGUAAUGUGAAGGGUGGUUUCCUUGGGGAAAAGUUUGCUUGAUUGACGUGGCUGUGUAAAGACUCCUCGCACUGCGCAUGAAUGGGCUCGAAUCUCAAUUAGCAGCUACUACAUGAAUGAAUUGAUUCUUGUACAUGUAAAUGGCGCGCGUUAAAUACCGUGUUAUAACCUUAUUUGCAUUUUGUAAAGAAACGCGACACUGAUAAAGACGAUU